AUGUGCGGCCGAUAUGUGCUGGCCUUGCGGCCAUCCGAGGUUUGCCAACAGCUAGAACAGUCGCAGAUGCCUGUUGAUGAGGUCCCAGACGACAAUGAUGUGCGUCAAAGCUACAAUUUUGCCCCGGGCUAUCAUGGACUUGUCUACCGAGCAGAUGGUCCCGACUCGGGCGGCGGCUCAUCACCAGCAUCAAGACACCAAGGAUGCGCAGGAAGCAGCAGACAUCAACAAGCAAGGUGCGACGCAAGAGACCAAGUACAAGCUGCAGUCCAUGCAAUGGGGUAUGCCAUCUCCCCCCACCAAGUAUAUGUCUCCCAGCUGACCAUCACUACCGGAUUGGUGCCCUUUUGGACCAAGCGCAACCCCGACUAUGGCUCCAAGAUGAAGACCAUCAACUGCCGAGACGACUCUCUCGUCGAGGAUCGUGGCAUGUGGACUACCAUGAAAAGAAAGAAGCGCUGCAUCAUUGUGGCACAGGGCUUCUAUGAAUGGCUCAAGAAGAACAACGCCAAGGAUAAGCUGCCGCACUUCUCCAAACGCAAGGAUGGCCAGCUCAUGUGCUUCGCAGGCUUGUGGGACUGUGUGCAGUUUGAAGGCAAGCCUCAUUUCCUUUGUAGAAGCAAGCGCACCCAGGUUCUCAACUCGCGUCCCACGUGCUCCCUGGUCUUGUGUUCCAGCCCUGGGCGUACUGACAGCCCACUAGACUCUAGCGAGAAGUUGUUCACCUACACCAUCAUCACCACCAGCUCGAACAAGCAGCUCAACUUUCUCCACGACCGGAUGCCGGUGAUCCUGGAAAAUGGCUCCGAAGCCAUCCGGACCUGGUUGGAUCCCAGCCGUACCGAGUGGAGCAAGGAGCUGCAGUCUCUUCUGCGGCCGUUCGAGGGCGAGCUCGACGUCUACCCCGUCAGUAAAGAGGUUGGCAAGGUGGGGAAUAACUCUCCCUCCUUCCUGGUGCCGAUCCAUAGCGCUGCCAACAAGAAUAACAUCGCAAACUUCUUCGGUAACCAACAAAAAGUCGCCAAAACCAGGCCAGAGCAGCCGGCAAUCAGCAAGACUGAGUAUGACGUGCAAGACUCGACGACCGACCAGGGUGAUGUCAAAAUACAACACGACAUCAAUGAGACGCGUGUAACGACCGACCGCGUGGAGGGAUCCGAAGACAACGCCCCUAUGCCGAUUCCAGCCACAGCCGAGUUGCAGGCUGGCGGGGAGCCAACGAGCAUCAAACGAGAGCGGACCGACGAGGAUGAGCAUGGUAGCACAGCAGCAGACGAGCGACAAGCCAAACGCACAAAGACUCCUAAGGCUGAUGGCUCGCUGAAGAUCACGUCCUUUUUUAGCAACAAGUGA